UUGCCGACCGUGCUGUUAGUUUUGAUUCGAUAUUAACGGAUAAAUUUAACGAAUUUAUUGAAAUUGAAAGUUUAACUAGUAAACAGGCUUUUAAAAUAAAAUUAUGCUGAAAUUUUGAGAUUCAAAUGAAAUGCAAUAAAUCUGCUUAAAAUUUUUUAAAAAAUUUAUACUUUUAAACAUGGGACGAAUUUUAAAAUUAAUUAAUCCUUCAAAAAACAGUUGGUCUAAAAUCUUACAUCGUCUUAAUUUCACACGCUUGCUAUUUAGCUGUAAUAAAUUUUUGGAUGCUGAAUUAACAAGUGAUGUUAAGAAGAAUAUUGAAUUCUAUUGGAAAGAUAAAGUAAAUCAGCAUCCUGUUGAAAAAGAUGCACAGAAGUAUUAUUUGCUUUCAAUGUUUCCCUAUCCUUCUGGUAAUUUACAUAUGGGACAUGUCAGAGUUUACACAAUCAGUGAUGCUCUAACUCGCUUUUUCAGAAUGAAUGGCAAGAAGGUUAUACAUCCAAUUGGUUGGGAUGCCUUUGGUUUGCCUGCUGAAAAUGCUGCUGUGGAGAGAAAUGUACAUCCUUUUGAUUGGACCAUGAAUAACAUUGAAACUAUGAAAAAGCAACUAAAAGAUUUCAAUAUAUGCUUUGAUUGGGAUAGAGAGUUAAAAACAUGUGAUGCUUCUUAUUAUAAAUGGACUCAAUAUAUAUUUCUCCUGAUGUUUGAACAUGGAUUAGCGUAUAAAAAGCAGGCACUUGUAAAUUGGGAUCCAGUUGAUCAAACUGUUUUAGCUGAUGAACAAGUGGAUGAAAAUGGAUUUUCUUGGCGUUCCGGCUGUAAAGUAGAGAAACGGCGAUUAUCUCAGUGGUUUCUUCGGACUUCUGAAUUUUCAAAGAAUUUAUAUGAUGGAUUGAAUGAUCCAAGUUUAAUAGAGUGGAGAGAUGUAACUAAGAUCCAGCAGCACUGGAUAGGGGAGCCUGAUGGCUUCAUAAUUCAUUUUGAUGUAUUUCAUAAAAAUGAAAUUUUAUCAAAGGCAUUAACAGUGUGGACCAAUACACCUGAAUUAUUGUAUGGUGCUGCUUUCAUUGGAAUCUCGCCUGAUAAUCAUUUUAAUGCAUCUGAAUAUGGUGGUGGAUCUACUAUUAAAGACCAUUGCUUAGAUAUAACAGUGAAGCAUCCUUUUACUGGAAAGCUCUUGCCGGUAUUUGUUUCAUCUAAUUUAAAUCAUAGUCCUGCUACAGAUUCUUGUUUAGGUAUUCCUGUCAAUGAAAAUAUUCAGCACUUAGAUUUUGCAACAAAGCAUAACAUUGAUAUUAUUGAAAUUAUAGAUGAAGCUUCAAACUGUCUCAGAAAUUCUGAUGAGUUUUCAGGUAUGGACAGAAAAACUGCCCGAAAAAAAAUUAUUACUAAAGCUGAAAAUAAUGGAAUUAAAGUUUACCAAGCCAGCAGAAAGCUGAGAGAUUGGCUUAUUUCUCGUCAACGAUAUUGGGGUACACCAAUACCUGUCAUAAAUUGCCCAACUUGUAAAGCAGUUCCAGUUCCAAUAAAAGAUUUACCAGUAUUUCUUCCCAAAAUAUCUGAUUUUACUGGAAAAUCAUGUUCGUUGAGAAAUGCCAGUGAUUGGAUGAAAGUUAACUGUCCGAAAUGUGGUGGGCCUGCAACUCGUGAAACUGACACCAUGGAUACUUUUGUAGACAGCUCCUGGUACUUUUUGCGAUAUUUGGAUGUUAAUAAUAAAUUAGAACCAUUUAAUGUUGAUAAAAUCAAUAAUUCUAUGCCUGUGGAUUUAUAUAUUGGUGGAAAAGAACAUGCUUCUUUACAUUUGUUUUACGCUCGUUUCUUUUGCCAUUUUCUUCAUUCAAUUGGGAUGUUGAAAUUUCGUGAGCCAUUUAUUCAACUUCUGAUGCAAGGUAUGGUUUUAGGAAAGAGUUAUCGUGUAAAAGGCAGUGGAAAAUAUCUUACAAAAGAAGAAGUUGAUUUUUCUGACAAAGUUCUUGUGGAAAAAUCUUCUGGUUCAGUGGUUCUAGAAGAGUGGGAGAAAAUGAGUAAAUCAAAAUAUAAUGGUAUAGACCCUCAAAAAGUUAUUGAAGAGCAUGGAAUAGACACUACUCGUUUGUUCAUAUUAGGCAGUGUGGCUCCUCAAUCUCCUAGAAAAUGGAAUGAUGAAUUAUUUCCUGGUAUAAAAAAUUUUCAGUGGAGAGUUUGGUUAACUGUUGCUGACUUUAUUGAACAGAAGAAGCUCAAUGACUUGCAUGAAAAACUUUCCUUGGAAGAGAUACAAAAUUACGAAGAAAAGGUCCAUAAUGCCCGGAAUUAUUACACUAAAAAAGUUACACAUAAUUACAUUCAUACUAGGCAGUUGAGUGUAGUCAUUGCAAAACUUCAAGGAUUGAUUGGAGAAUUAAGGCGUCUUCCUAAACCUAUGGUCCAAAGUGAAGUCUUUGAGAGUACAUUAGGAGUAUUAUUAAUUAUGCUAGCUCCAAUGGCUCCUCAUUUUACUUCUGAACUCUGGUCUGCUUUCUGUAGUGCUGCUUCUGGAAAAGAUUCAACAUAUGAUUUAACUAAACCAGUACUACAUCAGAAAUGGCCUGAAAUUCCAGUUGAUUGCCCCAUGGAAAUAGUUAUUAAGAUCAAUGGGGAUGAAGUUGACAGCAUACCCAUUGCAAAGAAUGACUUAGAAAAGUUAUCUGCUGAGAAGGCAAUUGAAGCAGCUUUGAAUAGGCCUAAAGUAUUAGAUGUUCUACAAGGAUCAAAAAUUAAACAUGCUAAGUACAAAGCAUGGGACAAUCAUGACUCUGAGAUAAAUAUAGUUUACAAACCUCCUGGUAAAAAGGCAAAAAAAUCAAAAGCUUCUAAUGUAGCAUAAGCUAUAAACUAACAUGAUUGUACAUAAUGUAAAUUUUGUAUGACAUUUUUUAAACAUGCUAAAAAUAUUUAAAUUAUUUAAUAAACCAUUAUAAAUUA